GACACCGCCACAGCCACCGGCACCUCCACAGCCACCGGCACCUCCACAGCCACCGCCCACAGCCACCGGCACCGACACCUCCACAGCCACCGACCCUCAGCCCCGAGCCCCGCUGUCCCCCCCCGCCGGCAGCAUGGCUGAGGAUAAGUCUGACAAACCGUAUCUAGAGGAAAGUGCAUUUGAGGCACUGGAAAAAGACUCCCAAGAAUUCAUCAGUCUGCUUAAGAGAGAUGAAGCUCUGGAACAGUUCCGUGUGGAAUAUGAGAAGCUCCUCGCUGUUAUGAAGAAGUCUCGUGAAAAUGAGAAGCGUCUCAUGGGGAAAUGCAGGAAGCUGAGUGCUGAGCUUGUGGAGAAGUCAUCUAAAGUAGCUGUGCUCACUAAGCUCUCUAAAGAUGAUGAGGAAACUAUAUCAUCACUGAAGACGGAGCUUGAAAAGUCCUGGAAAAUGGUGGACACAGCCUAUGAAAAGGAACAGAAAGCAAAGGAAACAAUUAAUUCACUGCAAAAGGAAAUUGCGCGCCUAAAUAACUUAAUGAAGGAAAGAGCACAGGAGUACAAUGUGGAGGAACUGCUAGAACUUCAAGAAGAGGUAACAAAGGAGAGAGAUGAACUGUUGUCAGAAGUUGUGAAGUUACGUCAAAGUCUUGCUGAAAUCACAGCGCAGCAGGAGGAAACAGAGAAGGCAAAAAACGAGGCAGAGCAAUCUGUUCUGCAGCUUCAGCAAGACAUCCAGCUGCGCCAGAAUGAGGAAUUACGAGAGGCUCGAAAGAAGGAAAAAAUGGAGAUUGAGCUGACAAAUCUUCUAGCUGAAAUGGAUAAAAAGCAAGCUGAGAUCCAGAAUUUACAGCAGCAAAUAGAGAGGAGCAAAGAGGAACAACUGCAAAUGGAGCAACAACUUAGAGAGCAGAAGAACUUGAAUGAAAAAGCUAGUAAGGAACUUGAGCAACUUAAGAUGAAAAAUCAGAAACUCAUGCAAGAGAGUGAACAGCACAGUGUGAUGUUUGAUGAGGUGAUGAAGGAUGUCAAUCAGAAGACAACACAACUGAAGGAGAGAGAAGAUGAAGCGACUCAGAUGCGCCUUGACAUUUCAAAGCUGAACAAAACGAGAGAAGUUCUCCAGAAUAAGCUGCGUGCUGCAGAGGAACAAAAAGUUGAUGCAGAAAAUGAAAAAGGCAUGCUAAAAAAUCAAAUAUCCAGACUGGAGAAAGAGUUGGAAUCAGCCAAAAAGCAGUCAGAGAUUGACAAGAGAGCUACAGAUGGGCUUAUGAGGGAAAGGGAUAUGCUAAACCAGAACUUGAUCAAGGCUACAAAUGCCACUCAGAAGCAGAUAAAUUUGGUGAAGCUCCAUGAACAGUCAAAACAGAACUUGGAAGCAGAAAUCCAAAAUUAUAAGAUUGAAGCUCAGAAACAAAGGAAGAUUAUUUACCAAUUGGAGAAGGAGAGAGAUGGCUUCAUCAAUGAAACCAGUGACCUCAAAGAGAAGGUCCUCCAUCACAUGAAAGAUCUUGAAAUAUGUCAAAUACAGAUCUGUGACUACGAGAAAGAAGUACAAGUGCAAAUGAUUAAAUUAAAACAGCAACAAAACAUUUGUGAAACUCUGAGAGCAGAGAGGAGCCUGUGCAGUAAAAAUCUGAUUGAAGCUAAGGAUGAGAUAGCAGAGACGAAGAUGAAACUGAAAACCUCAACACGUCAGCUGGAUCAGCUGAAGGAGGAGCUCAAAGACAAAGAUGAAGCCCUUGAAAAAGCACAUCUAGAUCAUCAGCAAUCAGAGGAGGAGAAGGAAUCAUUGAAAGCUGAACUGGUUAAGCUGACAAGACAGGCUCUGGAAACCAAAAAAUUUAUAGAAAAUCAGGAGGCAGAAGAGAGAAAACUCCUAAACAUCAUUGCUGAAGCUGAUGCAGAGAGGUUGAAGCACAAGAAGGAAUUUGACAAGGUGCUCAGUGAGAGACACGCCCUGGCCACCCAGCUUAUUCGCCGCAAUGAUGAAGUGGCUCUGCUCUAUGAAAAGAUAAAAAUCCAGCAGGCCAUCCUCAACAGGGGCGAGAGCGAGUACCGGCAGAGAAUGGAGGACGUCCGAAUUCUCAAGCUGGAGAUCAAAAAACUUCGGCGUGAGAAGGGAAUACUCGGCAAGAGCGUGGCUAAUGUGGAGGACCUCAGAUUUGAGGUUCAUCACAUGCAGAAGGAACUGUUAAAGGAACAGACUCGAUGCAGAAUUUUGGAAGAAGAGCUGCAGAAGCCCUUGAAAGUUCACAGAUGGAGAAAAUUAGAGGCCAGAGACCCCACUACCUAUGAGCUGAUUCAGAAAGUACAGAGACUACAGAAGAGGCUUAUAAACAAGACAAGUGAAGUGAUAGAGAAAGAAUUUCUCCUUCAGGAAAAGGAGAAACUGUACGUGGAGCUGAGGCAAGUCUUGGCCCGGCAGCCUGGGCCUGAAGCCACGGAACAGUUGCAGCACUACCGGCGCAGCCUCCGGGACAAGACGAAACAGCUCAAAGUUUUGUCCUCAGAACUGAAUAUGUAUGAAGCACAGAGCAACGAAUACAAACGUGAAAUUGCAAGACUUAACAAUGAGCUUAACGAUGUGAAAAAGAAGUAUCUGUCUCAGAAACGCAAGGAGCAACAGAAUAAGGAGAAGGAGAGACCUUGCCCGGAUAUGAAGACGAAAUUACCCCCCCUCAGGCCUGAUAAUGAACCUCACUUCAGCAUAGGGGGCUUUCCGUUAACCAGACCCCUUCCCAAAAUUGCAGCUUAAGAAUCGACUCAUCUAGUCACAUUCCCGUUCCCAGUUUCUUGCUAAACCCUAUUUGUGGGUUGUUUGAGAAACUAUAAUUUUAAAAGAGAUUCAGAAUCCACUGAAAUCACUGUAUCACCUUCAGGAAAAUUUUAUAUAUUGUAUAUAAUAAAAUGCAUUUUUACAUUGGAAUUGUAUUUCAUAUUGCAUUUAUAUUUUGUACAGCAAAUUACACUGCAAUUAAGAUAGUUUUCUUUACAAACUGUGGACCAAAGCUGCCCAUUUGAUGCCAGCAGAAGCCUGCAGUGAUGUAAGUGAAUAGUGGAGAUAUUUCUUUUUCAAUAUUGCGCUUCUAUUUAGCACUUUAACACCACCAAAUGCCUUAAUAUGUAGUUAUUUCUUUUAUCUACCUCUGCUGUAAGCGCUCACUCCAUUUAUCUUCUGACUCAAAGCACCUGAAAA